UGUUAACUGCAUUAAUAUGUGGUCUGUACAGUAGCAAAUAAUGUUAUGCCGUUUUGUGUCGUAACUUAACUACUCACUUGACUGUUUUUUAAGACACCUGUGGAUAUCGUUCACACCAUGUUGGUUCUAGUUGUAACGAUAUUGUGCAGCUUGAUUGGCCUUAUACAAAGUGAAGACCAGUGUAAUGGUUUGUACAGUAAUUAUUUUCAUCAUUUGUCAACAAAAACUCCUUAUAGAUUUGUCGCCAACCAUAACACAGAUCCGGUCAAUUUUGAAGGUUGUAAAGCAUGGAAAAUUUGGCUAGUUCAAAGGCAUGGUACGAGAACACCUGGUAAAGAACUGGAUCAGUUUGUCAAAAAUAGAUUACCUGAAAUUCAAAAGGACAUUGUAAAUAAUUUGAUUGAGUGCCAACUAUGCAAUGAAGAUGAAAUAAAAUCAUGGACUCCUCAUAAAGAAUUAGAUAAUCAAAAGCGAUUAACCAAAGAAGGAGAGGAUGAACUUUUUGCAAUUGCUGAACGUAUGCAACUUAGAUUUCCUAAUUUAUUGAAUCAACCACAUGAAAAUACAAACUUUUUGUUUAGAUUUACUGAUACUCAAAGAACUAGAGUAAGUGCUAAACAAUUUGCAACAGGAUUGUUUGGGUACCAAGAUGUUAAGAAAGUAUUAUUUGAAGAACCAUUAGCUAAAGAUCCAUUAUUAAGAUUUUAUAAAGUUUGUCAAAAAUGGAGAAAAGACGUUAAAAAAUCCUCUACAGCAUCAAUUGAAUACAAACGAUUUAUAGAAAGUGAAUUAGUUAACAGCACUUUAAAAAAUAUAUCUUCGAGACUUGGACUUGAUUACACGUUAACAUUUGAUGAUGCCAAGAAUAUAUAUACAUACUGUGCUUUUGAAACUGCUUGGGAGAAAAAUAAAGUUUCACCAUGGUGUUCAAUUUUUAAUAAAUCUGAUUUAAUGGUUCUUGAAUAUAGUGAAGACUUGAAGUAUUAUUUGAUUGAUGGUUAUGCUUAUGAGUUAUCAUACAAACAAGCAUGUGUCUUAUUUAAAAAUGCGAUUGAAUAUUUUGAUGAUCAAAAUUUGACUAGCAAAAAUGGUGUUUUUUAUUUUACCCAUUCAGGCACAAUUUUAAAAAUGCUCGGAUUUUUAAGUCUUUAUAAAGAUGAACAUAAAUUAAAGCAUGACAAUUAUUUAGAAAUGGAGAAUCGGCAAUGGAGAACUUCAACAAUUGAUCCUUUUGGUUCAAACAUUGCAUUUGUUUUAUAUAAAUGUAAUAAUAAUGAAACUAAGAUACUAACAUUACAUCAAGAAAGAAUUGUUCAUCUUGAUGGUUGCGGAGAUGGCCUUUGUUCUUAUGACCAAUUUAAACAGCUGUUUGCAACUAAAAUUCAAAACUGUAAUUUUGAUGAAAUGUGUAGUAUUGACUAAAUUGUUUAAUAUUUAAGCUUGCACAAAC